CGGAGAAAAAGGCGCCUGCCCAAUUCAUUGUUGAAAACGUGCGAUGGCCGGCAAGCCGACGAGUGUGAAGACGCCGCCCCCCGCUCCGGAGGACUCACCCCAGAAGCCAGGGUGCGACCUCAAGGAAGAGCGAAGGUGCAAUGACAUCAUCUUCGCCAUCCUCUACCUCGGGUGCCUUGGUCUUGUCAUCGCGCUCUUUGCCAUGUACGCGGGUGAAGUCCUCAAGUACAACGGCGACGAGUUGAAGCAGAAGCAACACAAGUACCGCUAUGCGCUUCAGAUUUGCGCUGGGAUUGCUGGCGCGUCCGUCGUCCUUUCCAUGAUUUGGACUGGGGUCAUGUUAGUGAUGGGAAAGCUCCUCAUCUGGAUCGCAGCAAUUGUUGCCAUCGUCGGCGUGUUUGCUGCGGGUAUCCUGGGCUCGUAUUUUAUGAAGGAUGGCGGUGAUGACACGUUCUUCUGGGUGCCUGCUACGUUGGGCACGUUGUUGGCGGUCAUUUUGACGAUUUACGUGUGUUGCAUCCGCCGCCGUAUCGCGUUUGCGUCAGUCAACCUCAAAAUUGCGUGCCGUGCCGUUCUAACGUACCCUGUGCUCCUCUUGAUUGCUUUCGGAAUGACAAUCGUGAUUGCUAUCUGGUGCCUUGUCUGGUCUGUCGCCACGUACGCGACGAUGAACCACGGCGAAUACAUCUUGAGCAAAGUCCCCGAGCUCAACGCAUCUGCCCAUUUGAACCCUGACGGGUACGGCACCACGCAACGUUUGAGCAUCUUCUUUGGUAUGUUGUUGGUGUUUUUCUGGACGGUCUUCGUUGUACGCAACAUCGUACAUGUGACGGUAUCGGGCACGGUCGCGUCGUGGUGGUACAACUCGGACGAAAACCGCAAACCGAUGACGAGCACGACCGCGCUAUGCCGUGCGAUGACGCUGUCGUUUGGAUCGAUUUGCUUCGGGUCGUUCAUCGUGUCUGUGAUCGAAACGAUCAAGGCCAUUGUGAUGUUCUUUCGCCACCUCGCGUCCAAGAGCCAAAACGCCGUUGCAGUCUGCCUCUUGGGCUGCCUCGAAUGCAUCAUCGGGUGCAUUAGCCGCCUCGUCCAGUACUUCAACAAGUACGCGUACUCGUACGUGGGCAUCUACGGGUUCAGCUUUCUGCGCUCGGGCAAGGAGACGUGGGAGCUCUUUGACAAGAUGGGCUGGUCGGCCAUCGCGAACGACUCGCUCAUCGACAACGUGCUCAUGGUCGGUGCCGUCAUGGUCGGGUUCACUGGCGCCGCCGCAGGCAACUGGGCCGUCAGCUACGACAAGCACCACAACAGCUCGAUGUGGACGCAGAACCUGUCUCAUCCCGCCCUCACCCUCGGUACGUCUGGGUUCUUGAUCGGGUUUGCCAUCUGCUACAUCGUGAUGAGCGUCAUCAACUCGAGCGUCGCGACCGCGUUCGUCUUGUUCGCGGAAGAUCCGCAAUCGCUCCAACGAUCGCAUCCUGAGGACCACAACGACCUCCAUGCCGCAUGGAAGGAAAUCUACCCCGUCGAGUACGCUGCCAGCAGCCAGCCGGGCGGUGCCAAGGCAGGUGUUGACGCCAACAAACCCACGCAACACGUGUAAUCGGUUCGCUGUUCCUGCGUUGAAGUAAUAAAGAGCGUGAACGUCGUGCAGACGAUGGAGAUGAAUUGUAUUGAUCGAUGUCGAGAUCAUGGGACCCACUUCUUCAGGAACUCUGCGACCUUGUGCUUGUACGUGUCGGGAAAAUCCAUCAAGUGUCCUACAUGCGGCGACGUCUCAAAGUUCACUUGGUCCACGGGCGUCCCCAACGCGGCGGCGGUGGCAAUCGCCUCUUCAACUUCCUUGGCAGUGAUGAUGAAGUCGUUGGACGAGUACAAAAACAGUUUUGGAAUUGUUGCGUCUUGGACAAUCAAUUUGGCAAUGUUUCGUUGCAAUGGGUCCGGGCCCAAUGGUCCUGCCCACCGCAAGAGCACCGCGGCGCACCCCGCAACUAAAACAGACUGUGCCAUCCAUCGACGAAAGGGGGACCUCAUGGACGACGUGAGAUCGUGCAAUGCCUUGGUCGGGGAGUCCCAAAAAGCCGCAAAUCCUUUGCCCGAGUUUGGCGAUGAAUCAAAGAUCAUUGCCGGAACACGGAAUCGUACGCCUCGAUGCCGCAGAUGACGUUCCAUGCAGUACCAAGAUAUACACCCGCCUCCCGAUAUCAUAUGAGGGAUGAUAAUGAGUUCUUCCGACGAAGAGGUACACUCCACGGCCACCCGCGCGGCCGACUUUGUGUGGAUCCAUGCAGGGGGCAGGAACAAGUGACCAACGUGUGACUCGACGACCUCCGUGCAAUAUCCCAGGCGCUGAAAGAGGUCUGCAUACUUGGUCACUCCUCGUGAAGGCGCGUGCAUCCACCCGCAGACGAGCACCAUCGGCACCUUGCCCACCAUUUUGGUCGGCACGGUUGACGAAACGUCGCACCUCUGGAAAUGCAUGAGCAUUUCGUGAUAAAUAGAAUCACAGAGUAAAUAGAGUUUGAUAGGUCUCC